GCGGUUUUGCGGGAGGGUGUGCGUGGAAGGUGUCCUAUAAGUGCCUUCGAGCAGCAUAAAACAAAACGAGGUUUCUUGUGAAAAUUGUCUAUUCAUUUUCAUUAUUCUUAGUUUCAGUUGGUUUCCUUUGUUUUUCUUUUUCAAUUUCACUCCUUGAAUUACGUUGUUUAGACCAUUAGACAUGAACUCUACAACAAAUGGAACCAGCCACAUCCCUCCAAACGGCAUCGGCGCUCUGACUUUCACGCCGAUGCUUGCACCAAAUGCUAUAUUCACCACCGUAUAUACAAUCCUCCUCAUCAUACAACUCGUCCUUACCGUUCGCUUCUGGCGCUACUAUGGCUACGCAAUCGGCAUGCUGGGCGGCCUCAUCCUCGAGCUCGUGGGCUACAUCGCCAAGGUCCAACUCUCUCACAACCGAGCAGACAAGAACGGAUACAUCAUGUACAUCAUCGGCCUCACUCUAGGCCCUACAUUCCUCUCCUCGUCGCUAUAUCUUGGCAUCAGCGCCCUGCAAAGACACUACGAAGCAGCCCGGUUUUCGCAUCUCAGCCCCAAGCUCUUCGCUACCAUGUUUAUUCUAGGGGAUUUCAUCUGUCUUUGCUUCAUUGGAUGCGGAGGCUCGCUCGCGGCAAUCUACGCUGAGAAUCCGAUUGGAGUCGAUCUUAUGAUUGCAGGGCUGGCCACUCAAGUUCUGUUUACAACCAUAUUCUGCAUUCUGCUUGCAUUGGUGUGCAGAAAGAUACAUUAUCAUCUUGCUAAAGACAAUAAGAUCAGCUACAUAUAUUGCGUAGCAACAGCUGCCAUCUGUCUUUUCAUUCGCUCUUGCUGGCGUGUGGCCGAACUAAAUGGAGGUUUCAACGGCCCUCUAUCAGACAAAGAAGGCAUCUUUAUUGCCUUGGAUUCCAUUCCCAUGAUCAUCAUGUCGGUUCUCCUGACAAUAACUCAUCCAGAGUUUUGGUUCGACAAACGAAGCCAUCUGAGGGUAAGAUCAACGAGCGGCAUCAGUUUAGACAGUAAAGUUUGAUUAACCGUAUGUGUAUAUAUUUCAAGAGAAACAUUGUCUAGACAAUAGAACAUACCAAUUUUUUUUUUUUCAAAUAUAUCCCAGAUCUGACCAUGUGCCAAUUAGCUAUAGGAGACAUUCGCAGCAU